AUGUCUGGAGACAACACCAACAACGUUGACGGUGCUAGGGUUCCUGCAACCCCUGUUGAAACUCCUGCAGAGUUGGCUUUACGUCUUGCUAAAGAACUUGAAAACACGAAGCUUACCGAUUCGGGGAUGAUGCCAGAUAAGUUCGAUGGCAAAGCUGGGUUCAAAACGUGGCAAAACAAGAUGCGCUACUACUUGGCCAGCAUGAACAUGGAAAGGUACCUCACAGAGGAUCCACCAACGCUUCCACAAGGUGACACUGACGUGUAUGUGGUUGGAAGUAUGGAUAGUUGGGCUCAAGGAGACUAUUGUUGCAAAGGUCAGAUUCUGAACCGUUUGGUCAAUGAUCUGUAUGACCUCUACAGUAUGUACAAGACUUCAAAAGCAUUGUGGCUAGCUUUGGAGACCAAGUACAAGACUGAUGAGUCUGGGAUGCAGAAAUUCUCAACAACGAAGUUCCUGAACUUCGAGAUGGUGGAUUCCAAACCAAUUAUGGAACAAGUGGAGGCUCUUCAACGCAUCUUUCAGGAGAUCGAUUUGGAAGGGAUGUCGAUCUGCAAUGUCUUCAAAACGAAUUGCUUGGUCGAGAAGCUACCACCAGGCUGGUCGAAUUUCAAGCAUUACCUUAACUUCAAGCGUAAGGCAAUGUCUCUUGAUGAUCUCAUCCAUCGGUUGAGAGUUGAGGACGACAAUCGUGGAGCUCAUUCAGAUGCUCAAAACCAGGGGCAUGAUGUUCAUGUAGCUGAGCAUAAGGCCUAA